AUGCAUCAAUCUACCGUCGCCCUCCUGGUGAGCAAUGCCCUGGUGGCUUGGGCUGCGACUCCCUCAGGCUUUCAACCUGCGUCCAAUGUCGACCUCAUUGUUGCCUAUGGAGACCAGUCGGCUCUCAACGGUGUUGAUCUGGCGAAGAGCCUCACGCAACAGGAGCCUACCUUCGGUACGACCGAGCCCUUGACUGGAAAGAGCUAUGCCAUCAUCAUGGUUGACGUCGAUAUUCCGACCAACAACCCACCGCAGACUGGCACCUUCCUGCACUGGGCCCAGACGGACCUGACUCCCGUCGCUCAGACGACAACAGUCAAGCUGAACGAUGGCGAGCGCACCAUUCACACUCUGACGACCAACUCGGCUGCGAUUGCGGACUAUAAGGGCCCCGCGCCACCAGCAAGAGUGCCCCUGACGCAUCGCUAUAUCGAGAUUCUUGUCGAUACCAGCGAUAUCACGGCAGAGGGAACCGCGGCGCUCCAGACCCUGUCGACCCGCGGAGGCGUUCAGGUCAACGACGUGCUCACUCAGGCGGGACUGGCGAACAAGGUGGUGGCUGGCAACUUCUUCACCGUCACCAACCCCGGACCCGCUGCGAACGCUGCGAACUCGAGAAAGAGCAACAGCAGUACCGCCGCUCCCACCGGAGGUGUAACCCCGUCAGCGAGGCCCACAAACAUUUCCAUGGGACAGAAGUCAACAGGGUUCUCCACCACGACGGUCUUGAGCGCGGCCGCUGCCGGUCUCCUGGCCCUCUUCGCCAGCUCGUUCUAA